AUGGGUAGCAUCGGUCCCGCCAAAGACCGUCUCCUCGUCGCCUUCUUCUCCGAUCUGCCGGAGAGGUUGAUGACUGCCAUUCAGGCCAAGUUUCCAGAUGCCGAGAUCUCGACGGUUGUUCUUCCCCGGGGAGCGGAUAUCCCAAGUGAACAUGCCCAGAAAGCAACGCUGCUGGUUACUUUUACCAACCUUCCUCGCCCAGAAGAUGCGCAGAAUCUCCGACUCAUCCACUUCAUCUCUGCUGGCCUGGACCACUCCAUCCACCACCCGGUCCUGACCUCAACCAAUAUCCCUGUGACGACAAGCUCCGGCAUCCAUGGCCCUCCGAUUGCCGAGUGGACCGUGAUGAACUGGCUGGUUGCGUCGCGCAAGUUCGUCACUACAUACGAAAGCCAGAAGAAGCACGAAUGGGGUGGACCCAUGAAAUACAUGGACGGACUGUCGGACCAGGUGGGAAAGAAAGUGGGCAUCCUGGGAUACGGCAGCAUCGGCCGACAAAUCGCCCGCGUCGCGGCAGCCCUCGGCAUGACCGUCCACGCCUACACGGCCUCACCCCGGCCGACGCCCUCCUCGCGACAGGACACCGGAUACGUUGUCCCGGGCACAGGCGACAAGGACGGCUCGAUCCCCGUCUCCUGGCACCACGGCACCGACAAGGCCUCCAUCCACGCCUUCCUCUCGCUCGGACUGAACCAUCUCGUCGUCGCGGUGCCCCUCACGCCGCAGACGACGCACAUGCUCGGCGCCGAGGAAUUCGCCCUCCUGGCGGAGAAGGUGCCAGCCCACCACCCGCGCCCCUACCUCACCAACAUCGCCCGCGGCAAGGUCCUCGACCAGGACGCGCUCAUUGCUGCGCUGCAUUCCGGCCAGCUGAGUGGCGCCGCCCUCGAUGUCACGGACCCGGAGCCUCUCCCGGCGGAUCACCCGCUGUGGGAUGCGCCGAAUGUGCAGAUCAGCCCGCAUAUUAGCUCGCUAGGUAACGAGUACUUCCCGCGGGCGCUGGAUGUCCUCAGGGAGAAUCUGGCGCGGACGGAGAGGGGCGAGCCCAUGUUGAAUGAGUAUAAGCGGGAUAAGGGGUAUUAG